UAAGCGGUGUGAUGUCUGGGAAAAAGCUUUUGAUGCAUAUCGCGGUGAGUGCGACUCUGGCGGCCUUCAGACUCUGUGCUGGACACGCUGGAAGUGCAGGUGUUGAUGAGGAAAGUGCAGUGCCAGGCUGCCAUCACCUCAGAAGUCUGUCGUCUGGUGGAAAGCUUGAACCUGCGGCCCAAACAAGACCCGGGUCACUUGUCUUCAAGCAUGACCAGCAGGGUGACUUAAACUCUACCUACGUGAAGGAUGUGCUCGCUGCAAAACUAAAGCACAUGGAUCCAUCAGUGAAAUGUGGCGAUAACUCGAUGACUUUGACAGUCAAACCAACUGGCGCUUCACAUUUCCUUGUGGAUAGUGGUCAACAACCUCUCACUCCUCUGUCUCAGAUGCCCUCCACAUGUGGCUUCUCUAUGAAGAGGUCACGCAGAGAUGUGCAGUAUUCUACAUCCUAUCAGGGCUGCCAUGUUGACAAGAAGGAUGGUGAUUACACCCUACCAUUGCGUUUAUGGGGGGCGCCAAUGUCCAUGUCAUGUCCUGACAUGUUGCCCAUUCCCCAUGUUUUCUGCUUCCCAACGGUGAUGGUUGUGAAGAUCGGUGGUGUCCCAGCAAAGGAACUCUCAGUAAAGAUGUCUGGCACAUGGCAUCCCCUGUCAUUGGCAUAUAGAAGUUGUGGACUCGUUUUUCAAGAGUUUCCCGGAGAACUGGCACUCAUUGUGCCAUACAGCAGAGGCUCUUGUAUAGAGAUUAAGGAUGAAGAAUAUACACUUUCUCUAAACUGGGCAGAUUUUGAGCUCUUGGCAACAUGUCCUCCAGUAGUGAACAGUGACGCUGCAACAGGAACCUAUAUAUCUCCUGAUAACGGAGAUCAGGUCCCAGAGCAUCCUCAGUACCCUCAUUUUUCCGUGUUUCCACAGUACAUGGAGCCUCUGCCAACACAUAAACCAACCCUUUUGGUACCUCAACAGUUUUCUUUUGCAGCAGCAGACUCUACUGAAAACCAAGAAUUGCCUAAACAUCAGCACCCUGCCUACUCAUUCAAGCCACAGUUGCCUCAAAUUGUCUUGUUCCCCAGACCUGAACUGCCAAUGGAACUUUCUAAAAAGGAAAAUCCUGCUGAUACACAGGUUCAGUUGCAUGAGAUUCCUAGUUUGCCACAAAUUCCCAUGAUACCUGGAAUUUUCCAAGGAACAACCCCAUCUUCUCCUGCUCCUAGCAAUGAGCCCUUUGUUACUACACCUGCACAGACUACAGAGGAUAAAGGGAAGUCUCAAGUUACCCUUCUGCGUCGGUAUCCUUUUCUGCCAUUUAUUGAGAACCCAUCUACAGAGGACAAGACGGAGGCUAUCCAGCAUCUCAAACCAGAACACCUGCAUCCCCAGACGUUCCAGAUUCCUGUGUUGUAUCCUCCUUUCAAAAGUCCAUCUUCAGGACAAAGUACUCUUAGUCAAACAUCUUCUGCUGCAACCACCUUGACAAGUCCAACCACCACUGAGGAGCCUCCUAAUGAAAAGCCAUUUUAUCAUCCACACGCUUUCAUGCCAGUAUAUUUAAUUCCUAACCAGGCUUCCGUGCCUUCAUUUGAUUCUCCAGCUACAAACUCUGGUCCAUCCGAGCAGCAACAUCAGUCGGUCUUCCAUGCCAUGCCACCGCUGUUCUUUCCUUCCUGAUCAGAAGUAAACUUGUACAAAGCUUGCAAGAAGCAGGUGAAGUACAACUCACCCCAUGAGAAUUACAGGGUGUCAUCGAUGGGCUUUAGAUUGCACAAAACUAGGGAAAAACAAACUAGGGGUCCAAUACGUGCUGGAUAAAAUGGACUCAAUGAUGGCUGUAGUGCAAGUAAUGGUGUCUUGUGAAAUGAUGUACAGAGGAUUCAAAC